AGCAAUCGAUUCAGAAUUAAUGAUCAGUCGUAGAUAUGCCUGACUGCAUAUGUUAAAAAAAAAAAAGGUCUUAUAGGCCUAUAUAUUUUUUAUUGAAAAUGGAUAUAUGGUGCUAUAGCCUUACUGUUCUAUGGUAGGAUUACAAUGUGAAGGCUUAUCAAUUAUGGGGAUAGUCCUAGGCAUAAAUAAACAUGGGGCUUAUUAAACCUUUACUGCUCCCAACGGAAUCAAACUUCAUCUCAUACAUGCCACGCCCCUAAGACCCUCCAGAGGCGGGAUCCGGAUAGCUGCUGACUGCACACUUUUCGCCGAACCAAGAGACUAAGGACCGAGAAUAAAUGCCUGGAUUGGAUACGGAGUCACUGAGGAGGACGCAGCGUAACGGAGCCUGGAGUUCUGGAGUUUGACUGAAGAAGCUCACGCACAGCAGGUCAACAAGUGUGCGAUGGGGCCAUCGUUAACGUUACUUCUGGUGGGCCUACUUGGUUUAGCCGAGGGUUCCUCUCUGCACUACACUGAGGGGGUGUCCAACCGGCUCUCCAUGGAGAAGACCUUUGGACACACGGCCAAGGAUUCCCAGUGUCAGCACAUGCUCAAGCACCUCCACAACGGGGCACGCGUCACCGUGCAGAUGCCCCCCAGCAUCGAGGGUCACUGGGUGUCCACCAGCUGCGAGGUCCGAUCGGGCCCAGAGUUCCUCACGCGCUCCUACCGCUUCUACGCCAACAACACCUUCCUGGCCCACCAGUUCUACUACGGGGACAACCACUGCACCACGCCCGCCUACACCCUGGUGGUCCGCGGCCGCCUGCGCCUGCGCCAGGCCUCCUGGAUCAUCCGCGGAGGCACGGAGGCCGACUACAAGCUCCACAGCACCCAGCUGGUGUUCCACACCGCCACCGUGGCCAGGGAGCUCGGACAGAGGCUCAACCGCAGCUGCCAGCAAGGGGCCCCGGGCGGGGGGGCGGGGGCCGCCCCGACGGGCCCCUGGGAGCCCGACGUGGUGUACGACAUGUGGAGCGAGGAGGACGGCUGCGACUGCCUGCGAGAGCUCAACUUUGCCAUGCACGAGCUGCAGCUGCUACGGGUGGAGAAGCAGUACCUGCACCACCACCUGGACCACCUGGUGGAGGAGCUGUUCCUGGGGGACAUUCACACGGAGCCCGCACAGAGGAUGUACUACCGGCCCUCCAGCUACCAGGCAGCGCUGCAGAGCGCCAAGAACCACGACCAAGGCUGCGUCGCCUGCCGCGUGAUCUCCCGCUCGGACGAGUCCCACCCCCCCAUCUUGCCGCCGCGGUCGGACCUGACGGUGGGCCUGUACGGCCAGUGGGUGAGCCAGCGCUGCGAGGUGCGCCCCGACGUGCUCUUCCUCACCCGCCACUUCGUCUUCCACGACAACAACCAAACCUGGGAGGGCCACUACUACCACUACUCCGACCCCAUCUGCAAACACCCGUCCUUCGCCAUCUACGCCCGGGGCCGCUACAGCCGCGGCCUGCACUCCAGCCGUGUCAUGGGCGGCACCGAGUUCGUCUUCAAAGUGAACCACAUGAGCGUGAAGCCCAUGGACCACGCCACCACCUCGCUCCUCAACGUCUUCAACGGCAACACGUGCGGCGCCGAGGGCUCCUGGCAGGUGGGCGUGGAGCAGGACGUGACGCUGACCGACGGCUGCGUGGCCCUGGCCAUCCGGCUGCCCCACACCGAGUACGAGCUCUUCCGCCUGGAGCAGGACCCCCACGGCCGCUACCUGCUCUACAACGGCCAGCGGCCCAGCGACGGCACCAGCCCCGACCGGCCCGACAAGAGGGCCACCUCCUACCAGGUGCCGCUGGUGCGGUGCUCCGCCAGCAGCCAGCGACACCACCACCACCCCGGGCAGCGGGACCACCUGGACGGGAGCCACGGCAGUCUGGACAACGGCGGCGGCGGGAGCCGGUACAGGGACGGCGGCGGUGGGGGGCGGGUCGGGCUGCUGGUCGCCGCGGUGACGCAGGCGCUUCUUGUACUCUGGGGGCGGAGCUAAGGAGGGAGCCGUACUGUAAAUAUUAAGGAUCGUGGGACGAGAGCAGCCAAGAGACUUGUUUUGCGUUGAACUGCCGUAGGAUGGCUGUCCAAGCAACGGAGUCGAACUGUUGAUGUUUGGGACGAUAUCAAGGGAGAGGGGGAUGUCGGCAAAGGACGCGAGCAAGUGAACACUAUUUGUCCGCCCUCCAAAGUGUGGAUUCUCUGAAUUGCUUCCUGGCGACCAAAGACUUGGCACUGCUGCACCACAGUAAGGCACUUUAGUAGAGGACAUAUGUUCUCACAUCUGCGUUCUCACAUCUGCGUUCUCACAGAUUAAAUAAAGUCUAUAUCCACACAGACUGAUCAAAAUGUUUUAUACCGUUGUUUUAUUUGCCAAACCAUAAAAAAAAAUUCAGUUGAUAAGGACAAAAUGGGCUCAGUCCAUUAUUAAAGGACAACACAAUGUACGAUAAAAGGGAAACAGAACGCAGCAAUGACAACUAUUCUUUCAUAUGGCUAAACUGUAUGACUGUAUACUCAAAAAAUGUUAUUUGUCACUAGCACUGUUGAUAUUGCCACCUCCAGAUAGGCCUACAAUAUAAUCCUAUUAUGUGUACUCCGCAUGCAGUAAUACCUGUUUAAAAACAGGUCCUUGCUGUUAUCGGAUCCGAUUCAACUCUUGUCACCAGACACAAUUUAUGACUUUUUACAGUAAAAGCGCUGUUUUGUUCUUUACAAUGCAACAUAAUUGUCUUAUGGACACCUGAGUUUGAGUAUUGAACGCUCUUUAUGUCAUUUGGUAUUUGAAACUCAAACUGAAUACCAAAGAAAAAGAUCAAAUAUACAAUCUUGGAUCCACAUGUUUUUUGUUGAUUAACGCGAAGCUGGGAUUUUUCCUCCAACGCAUAUAUCUUCCUUGAUCCUAUGGGGCUGAGUGCUGCUCGAUGGAAAAAGUAGAGCCCAAGUGGCUUUGUGUACAGAAAUAAAAGGUUUUAUACAGUU